AAUUAUAUUUAUAUAAAUAAUAUGUUUCACUAAAAAAAUAUUUUCGGUUAUAAUUUUUUAAGUAAAAUGUUAAAGGAUCAUUUUGUAAAAACAAAAAGAGAAGGUGAUAUGGCAAAAAUAUAGUUUCUCAUUGGCCGAUUAUUUUUGCCUACGUGGACACUCUAUCUGAAGCUUAUAUCCUUCUCUUAUUACUUGUUUGAUAUAAACUAUUGGUACCACGAAUAUUAGUGAAAACCAUAUACCCACGUAAUCCUCCAUAAAAUAUGUAUUAUUCAAUAAGCAUAUAUUAAAUUCAGAACUAAUUUUCCUUUAAAGUUUGUUUUCUACUCCAAUAAUAAUUAUACUAUAUAAAUGUAAUCUCUAUAAUAUUAUUUGAUAAGUCAGUUUCCUACGUGACGCGCUCACGUUAAUUGUUACGAUAGUUUAUUACAAAAACACCUUUAUAUGAAUUAAAAUAUUAUAUCCAAUAGUUAUUAUUAAAAAUAUUUAAUAAUUUAUGCUAGUUAAAAUUUUAAAUUGGUUUCCUUUUUAUAUUUUUCAAAUAACAUAUAUAGUAAAAAGGGAAAUUUGAUAUAGUUAAAGAUGAAAAUCAUAUAUACAAAAAAGGAAAGAAAAUAUAUUUUGUAAAACUAUAUUUUAUGAAACUAUAUUUUAUAUAUAAUAAUAAUCAAAUUUCGUUUAAACUAGAAUCAAAAGUAAACGUGCUUUUAUUUGAUGAAAUAUGUAUGACUCAAUAUAAGCCACAAAAUGAGUAACUUAAACAUGGGAAAAUAAAUACAAUUUGAUGUAUCCAAGUAAUAAGCAAAUCGACUAAAUAUUAUAUAUCCAAAUUACAUUUAUAAUUAAAAUUAAAAUAAUAUAAUAUAUAAAUUAAAAAAAUAAUUAAAAUUAUAACUAUAAUAUUAAUAAUUUUAAAUAUAUUUAUUUUAUAAAUAUUUAUACCCAUGUAUGAGUACGGAAAAAUCACCUAGUAUAAUAUAUUUCAUAUGUCAUCUGAAAUAUGGUCAUAUAUUAAACUAUGUUAGCAUAUAUAUCUAAAUAUAAUAUUCAAUAUUAUGAAAUUUAAUAUGUUUAUGAUUCAAAUUACGUUUUAUAUCAUUUAAUAAAUAUAUAGUAUAUAAAUUAUAUUAUGUAUUAUACAUAAAAUAAGGUCUACAUCAUUGGAAAAGUUUAUACUAAACUAUUAUAAAUAUGUAUCAUUUUGCUCCGCAAAGUUUAUAUGAUAAUCAAAAAUCAUAUAUCAUAUAAAAAUGGUUAUUUUUUUGUAUGUUGAUAUAUAGUAAAUUACAGUCUUAUAUAUUCUAAUGUAAAAGGUUUUUCCUUGUAACAAUAAGAAAAUAUGGGUUCACAGAAAAAUACAAAAAUAUUAUGUGUCCUCAUAAUGUAAAUUUUUUUUUAUUCUUAUGAUUUAAAUAUAUAAAAAGACUAAAAUUCCCGGAUAUUCUUAUAUUUUAAACUGAUUUAACACUAUCAGAAACAAUAAUUCUAAUUCUAAAUUAAUAUCCAAUAGAAAUCAAUUAAAAUGACCCCAAUUAUUACUAAUCAGCCGCAAUAUUUUUAUUUUCUAAGAAUAAUCACGAAAUAUUACAAUUUUGUUUCAUUAAAUAUUGUAUUAAAUAUUCAUGGAUAUCUAACUGAGUAAUGCCAGAAAAUCCCAAAAAUAUAUUCAGAUACACAAAAUACUCCAUAUUUUACCAGAAUCUGAUCCGAAAAAUAAAAAAUACCCAAAAUUUAAUCUGGAUAUCCAAUUUCUUAAACAAAAUUUGAAAUUUUACCUGCAACCCGAAACUAUAUAACCGAAUACCCAAACCAAAAACUUAAAAACUAUUUAAUACUAAAAAAUAUUCAAAAUACCCGAAUAUAUCUUAUUUACACAGCAUAUUUAGGGUAUUUUGGGUAUCUGAUCGGGUCUCUAGUCGGACCCGGGCUCGGGUCCAAACAAAAAUACCCAAUAGGUUUUUUCCUCUCGAAUGUAUUUUCUGGUUAGUUUUGGUUUGGUUUUGGGGUCCAUGUAAAAUGUAUAGGCCAAAAAGAGUUAAAAUAUCUCAAAUAAACUAAUUCAAAAAUUAUAUAAUUUUUUUUAAUUUUUUUUAAUAUAAUAAGAUUUUAUAACAUAACGAUGUACAACAAACCCAAAAUACUACUUCAUAUCAAAAUUUGUUUAUAAUCCAAAAACAUGCGCUUUUGAUCACAUCUAAUAAUCAAUUAAGUUUUGAGUGUUCUUCAAUAAACAUAAGCAAUUGGUAAAUUGAUGGUUUGUGCUCGUAUCUGAUAAUCCAAAUUUAAAAUUGAUGAAAUCAAUGAAGCUGUGCGCCAAGAUAGUAGUCUGAACAAAAGUGAAAUUGUCACUACAGUUGUAUUGCAAUAACUACAAAAUUGUUUUUCUUAUAACCACAAAAAUGUUGAAUGGUGACUUAAUACGUUUUGUGCAUUACACCGCCCAGAACACUGAUAGAGAUUGAUAGAACGGUACGUUUGGUUCAAGUAAAUGAGUUCAAGAGUCUAGUUUCAACAAAGUUUAAUGUAGGCCACACACACACAAUGAUGGAUUGUCAAGUUCGUAGACUUUUGUGUUGAUCGUUAGACAUCAUGUUUACGUAACCGGUGCUAGAAGACUCCAAAGAAAUAUGUUCCCACCAAACGCGUACUCCAACAAAUCACUAUAAAUUGUGAAGCAUAUGAAGAUUCAUUUUCAUAUGCAACAGGGAGAAAUCAAUAAGAGAUAUCAUAAAAAUGGGGUUGAGUGUUCAUCAGCUUCUUUUUUUUCUAAUGUUUUACGUUUCAACAUUUUCCAUUGUUCCCUCAGCUUCCUUUUCGUUAAAUACGGAUAGGGAAGCUCUGCUCUCGUUCGAGUCCCAAAUGAGCCAAAACCCACAAUCACUUUCAUUCUCUUGGGACCCAAACACAUCUCCUUGUAAUUGGACUGGCGUGACUUGCGACACACGUAUCAGAAGAGUGACUUCCAUCAACCUCUCUGGUCAUGGUCUCACCGGUUCCAUAAGCCCAAGUAUUGGUAAUCUCUCUUUUCUUACAUCUCUCCAACUUCAAAAUAAUCAACUUCGAGGUCCAAUUCCAAAAGAGAUCACAAAUCUUUUUCGUCUGAGGGUUCUUAAUUUAAGCUCUAACAGCUUAGACGGAUCCUUACCUUCCAACCUAAGCAAGUUAAUAGAGCUACGAGCCCUUGAUCUAACCUCAAAUAUGAUCACGGGUAUCGUUCCGAACCAACUUGGUGAUCUCAAGAACCUAACUAUUUUAAACUUGGGAAAAAAUCUGUUGCAUGGACCCAUUCCACCAUCUCUUUCAAACAUUUCAUCUCUUACCGUUUUAAGCCUAGGCACAAACUCUCUUAGUGGUCCAGUUCCUAACGAGUUGGGUCGUCUUCAAAGGCUUCAAGUCCUUGAUCUCACCAUAAACAACCUCUCUGGAACAAUUCCUCCUUCUAUUUACAACAUGUCGUCUCUAGAAUCAUUGGUUAUUGCUUCAAACAACUUUUGGGGUCAGUUUCCUAGCAACAUAGGAUACACACUUCCAAAACUCUUGGUUUUCAACGUGUGUUUCAACAAGUUCAGCGGAGAGAUUCCAGCUUCUUUAUACAACCUCACAAAUAUUAAGGUUAUCCGCGCUGCACACAACCUCUUAGAAGGGACCAUACCAUCAGGAUUAGGAAAUCUCCCAUUCCUAGAAAUGUACAACAUUGGAUUCAAUAAAUUAGUUUGGGGUAGAGAUCAAAAUCUUGAUAGUUUCAUCAAGUCUUUCAGUAAUAGCUCCAAACUUAACUUCCUUGCAUUUGAUGGAAACCUCUUGGAGGGUGUUAUUCCGGUAUCUAUUGGCAAUCUUCCGAAGAAUCUUUCCAAACUUUUCAUGGGAGGAAACCGCUUCACGGGUAUUAUUCCUGAGUCCAUCGGCGAUCUGACAGGAUUGACUCUGUUUAACAUCAGUGACAACUCACUCACUGGUGAAAUCCCUCAAGAUAUUGGGAAAUUGAAAGGUUUGCAAGUGUUAGAACUUGCGAGAAAUCAGCUUACUGGGAGAAUACCAGAUUCUAUUGGUGAUCUUGGCGGGUUAAAUGAGAUCAAUCUAUCACACAACAAACUACAAGGUAGGAUCUCACUAUCAUUUGAAAACUUCAAGAAUAUGUUAUCCAUGGAUCUAUCCAGCAAUAUGCUAAAUGGAAGCAUACCAAAUGGAGUUCUUAACCUACCUAGCUUGAGUGCCGUCUUGAAUCUAUCUAGCAACCUAUUUUCUGGUCCAAUUCCUCAAGAUAUAAGUCGCCUCGAAAGCCUUGUGAGUCUAGAUCUCUCUAGUAACAACUUCUCAGGCCACAUCCCUUCAUCUAUCAAAGAUUGUCAAAGCUUGGAGAAGCUAAACAUGGCGGGCAAUAAUCUAGACGGACCAAUCCCGGAUGCAUUAGCAGAAGUAAAAGGUCUAGAGUUUCUUGAUCUCUCUUCAAACCAGCUUUCCGGUGUUAUUCCUCCAAGACUUCAAGAUUUACAAGCAAUGAAGUUCUUGAAUAUUUCAUUCAACAAUCUUGAAGGAUGGGUCCCAAACCGUGGAGUUUUCAAAGAUCAUUCUAAAGCUUAUAUGGAGGGGAAUCCAAAGCUCUGCAUUCACACUUGUCGAAAAACUCGGACGCACAGAAAACUUUUGAAAGUUAGCGUUAUUACAUGUGCGGUUGGUCUGAUUGCAAUAUGUGUGAUAAGUUUCUUGAUUUGGAAAAGAAUGGAAAAGAGGUCUACCACAUCUACCUCAUCAUCAAAUUCACUCCUCAAGGAACCAUUUAUGAAUGUUUCAUAUGAUGAGCUCAGGAGAGCUACUGAAAAUUUCAACCCUAGAAAUAUUCUUGGUGUUGGAAGCUUUGGAUCGGUAUUCAAAGGGGUGAUACGAGGGGUUGAUGUUGCGGUGAAAGUCAUUGAUCUCAAGGCAAACGGAUACUACAAAGGCUUUAUAGCAGAGUGUGAGGCUUUAAGGAAUGUAAGGCACAGGAAUCUUGUGAAACUAGUAACUUCUUGUUCAAGCAUAGACUUCAAAAACAAUGAGUUUUUGGCUUUGGUGUAUGAAUUUUUAAGCAAUGGAAGCUUAGAAGAAUGGAUCAAAGGUAAACAUAGAAAACCUGAUGGGAGUGUUGGGUUAAAUCUUGAAGAAAGAGUGAAUGUAGCCAUUGACAUUGCAUCUGCAUUGGAUUAUUUGCACAAUGAUUGUGAAGUUCAUGUGGUUCAUUGUGAUCUAAAACCUAGCAAUAUUCUUCUAACCGAAGACAUGGUUACAAAGGUCGGCGAUUUUGGGUUGGCUCGUGUGUUGUUUGACGCAUCCGAUGAUUGUCAUCACGCUUCUAUAAGCUCCACACAUGUCUUGAAAGGCUCCAUUGGUUAUAUUCCUCCAGAGUAUGGGCUUGGAGAAAAGCCAUCACAAGCAGGAGAUGUAUAUAGCUUUGGAGUGAUGUUGUUAGAGCUCUUGAGUGGAAAAAGCCCAAUGGACGAGCGCUUCGAAGGAGAUCAAAAUCUAAUAUCAUGGAUAAGUUAUGGGUUUCAAAGUAACGCAAUUAUGGAAGUGAUUGAUCCUAAACUUAAGGGACUCAUCGAUGUUUCUGGUGCACAACUUCAUGCAAAACUUGAUUGCCUUAAGAAAACUAUUGAAGUUGGCUUGGCUUGUACUGCGUAUGCAGCUAGCGAACGGAUGAAAAUGAGAAACGUGCUACGUUUGUUGAAAGAGGCCAAGGGCAUGCUUAUCAAGGGAAACUAAUUGAUUAUAUUUUCCUAUUAGUUAUUUUAAGUGAAUAUAUAAGUUUUCUUUUGUCGGGAAUAUAUGUUUAUCUUAUCUCUUUAGUUACAAUUUUUGUUUAAUAAGGUUCAUUCUGUAGUAUGAACUUGUUGCUUGUAAUUUUCUGAUAAUAAGGAUGUUGAAUAGCAGUAGUAUUGUGGCAAACUUCAAAAACCCCGUUGUCUCAACUAAUGUCUAUAAAUCAGGUUGUUGUGUGA